CAGGCACGUUCACUAGUUUUGCUUUUCGCGCCUUAAAUAUACCUAACCUAUCUUAAAUAUACAAAGCUUUUCAACUUUUUUCGAGGAAAAAACUAAGUCUUGUCCGAAUACAAAAACUGCUCGAUCUUUCCUCCCGUUACUUAGCGAGCUGUUUGAGAUCUCGAGUAAUGGAGGAAGUAACGAAAUGUAGAUACAUCGAUUGUGUCGACAUACGGGAAAAGGAGCAAAUACUUCACGAACUUCCCGUUUGCGAUACCGGUCUCUGUGUGAGGUGGUUGAUCAACAGUGGUCACGUGGACCUAAUUGGGAGUGAUCUCGAUGUUUUACGGUCUAUGAAGUUUUUCAUCUGCAAUAAUCACUUUACGGAAGAUUGCUAUCUCAGUAAAGGCACUCUAAAAGAAAAUGCAGUCCCUUCUCCGCAUUGGAGUGCUGUUUCGAGGACAUUGAGAAAUUUGAAAAUACGACGCAAAAUUCAAUUAAACGGCCAAGAAAGUUCUAUGGAGAGAGUAACCACGGAUCAGGCUGCAGAGAAAAAUGCUCCUUCAGAAUUUGAAGUGGAUCAAUGGUGUAGAACAUGCGCGACCAAGAAACAGAAUCUUGUAAGUAUGACGACCAAGGGAAAAGGCACAGAUAUGAGCCUUCUGUCGAAACUGAAACUUUUGAUAGAAAUCGACGACGAAGAUGACUUACCUACAAAAAUGUGCGACGAAUGCGUCGACAAAUUGGAACAGUCGUUCAAGUUUUUUCAACAAAUUUACGUAGCAGACAAUACACUGCGUCACGUAUUUCCAAAUACACGGUCGAGCAACGCACCUAGAAAACCACUACGUUCGAUAGGCGAGCACAUGAGAAACGAGCAGAAGGAAAAAGAGAAAGGACAAGAGGAAGAGCAACUGCAACUGCAACAGAUUCAAGAUCGCGCUCCAAAAGUUACGCGUGGUAUUUUUAGACGCGGUCGAGGCAGACCUCGCACCAGAGGUUACGCAGCCAGAGCAAGAGCUAGACAAAGAUCUGCCCAAAUAUCGGCCUCAAUUACAAACACUAGCAACACUACCAACGCUAAUCUAAACGAUAAUAAGGUUUACGAGAGAAGAGCGAACGAAACGUCCGUGUUGAAGAGCGACGCUCAGAGCGCGAUGCACGACGAGGAAAGACAAGGUGACACCGUCUUUUCAUUGCUUACCGAUACAUGCCACAGCGACGAGGAACUAGACUGGUCGGACGUGUUGAAAGUGAUGAGCGAUCAAAGAUACAAGCACGUUGUUUCCAGACAAAAAACAGAGACAAAACUGGAAGACAAAGUACAAAAGAAUAAAACGGAAGAGCAGGUACGCGAGUCGAACGUAACACCGUUGCAAGCGGAGGCAACGAAGAUGGAGACAACAGCGAAGAGAGAAACUGCAAUAGAAACUAAAGAUAAGGUACAAGAAGCGCUAGAGGUAGAGAUAGAAGCAGAGGCAGAGGCAGAAGCAGAACCAAUGGCAGAAUCAGGGGCAGAACCAGAGGCAGAAGCACAAGUAAAGAUGGAGACGGAAGCGGAGGUGCAGUCUAAUAAGGUGGUGGCGAAAUUAGCAAGAGAGAAGAAAGUUCCACAGAUACGUUGCCAGUUUUGUGACAAAUCAUUUAAACUUCGACGUCGGUUACAGACACAUUUAUUGGAUAGUCAUUCUCAAAUAUCCGGAUAUAUGUGCGUAGAUUGUCUAAUUUGUUAUGAAACUAGAUUGUUACUCUUAAACCAUCGUAAUCUACAUCAUGGAGAUCGAAGGUAUCGCUGCGAACAUUGCCACCAAGAAUUUCUUGAGAAAAGAGCGCUGAGGGAGCACAUAAAGAAAUGCGAAUCGCAAGGUGCAACCCGUUAUUCUUGCGAUUCGUGCGAGUCAAUCGAUGCGUUCUCCUCGAAGCAAGAGCUGAUCGAUCACAUGAAGAUUCAUCCGGAAGUUUCGCCCGUAACGUUUCACACGGAGCUUGACAAUUUGCGGAAAACGGAGAAUGAAUUAGCAUCGUCCGUAGAAACCACGGUAAAACUCGAUCCGUGUACUCAGUCCGAGUACUCUCCGUCUGUUGCGCCUUCGAAAGACACGGUGAUCGAUGAAAUUACCAUGUCGAAUCCGGACGAAAAAAGUGGCAGCAGCGCUGUUGAUUCGAGCAAUUUAUUCAAGGCGAAUAUAACGGAAGAAACGCAACCAGCGUUGACCAGUGGCGAAGAAUCGGCGAUGAUGGUGAUUUGUCCAGAUUGCAACGAGCAAAUGCACGAUACGGUGGAACUCAGUCUCCAUCGGAUGCGUCGUCAUUCGAUGAACAGAAAGGAUGCGACCUGUCUUCUCUGCGACAACAAAUCGUUUUCUUCGUUGGACGAAUACGAACAGCACGUACUCGAUCAUUGUAAACGACUAAGAAUAUCACCAUAAUGAAAUGAAUUUUUUCUUUAUUACAUAGUAAUACCGCAUACGCAACGAUAAAGACGACUCAUUAUUAUCAAUCGAUACACAGUAUGUUUCUUCAUGUCAGGGAAAUUAAUCGCUCUGUUAAAAUAUCGCGUGUUGUACAUGUUCGUGUUACGUCGAAUUCUACGCCAUUUAUUGUCAUCUAAAUUCUAUUAUCUAAAUUUCAAUCGGAUUGAUACAACGUGGCUAAAUGUUGAAAAUAAUCGAGCAAGUCGAUCGUUUCUUUCAUUCGGUUGUCGUAUUAAGUAAGUCGCGUAAAAAGUAAAAAAAGUACAAAAUAUCCGAGGGUAGGGAGCAAUGGGUAAUGAUAAAUAGCGUGUCGACGAUCUGCGAUGACGGUGUAUGACUUGCGAGACGAUGAGCGCGCACUUUACCACGUUACACACCGUGAUGGAAAGAAUAUGUUUUUGUCAUUUUAUUCAAAAAGUAAAGAGAGAAAGAGAGAGAGAGAGAGAGAGAGAGAGAGAGAGAGAAUAUCUGCGUGCACGUGUGUAGAUAGGUUUAAUAUGCGCGUAUAAAUGUACAUUUUCACGGAUCGUGUGUAUGGGCUUGUAUGGCAGAUGUGAGACGAUCGAAAGGUGCGCGAAUGCAACAGCGAGUCACAAUUGUUCAUUAUUUACAAUCAGCCGAAUUCGACCGAGAGCUUUUAAAAUCAAUCAGUAAAUAAAUAUAUAUCUUUUGCGAACGAUA